ACAGAAGGAGACUGCGAGAGGAGCUGGGAAUUACACACAAACACAGCCGAAUCAGAACACCCUCCCCUGGACACACCCUGCUGGGGAUCACUGCUUCUUCUCUUUUUUUCUGAUCCAUCGCCCACGCCACUCUGAGAGAAAGCUCUCCCUCAUCAUCAUCCUGAAGAAAACCCCUUUCUCCUCAUUUUCAUCCUACAGAGGACACCUACAAUCUCAAAGGGCUGAGAUUCCCUGGUGAAGAUAGUCUUUUUUCCUUUUUUCUUUUUUUUCUUUUAAUUUGGACACAGCCAGUGAAAGAACAGAAAGGCCAGAUACUAUAGGGGCCAAACAAUACUUACAAACUCAACCUACGGCUUCAAGACCUCUGAAACGAAGGACCUAGACCUCUUUCAUUGUACGUCAAGAAUGGUUACUAUAAUCAGCACCAUGGAAACUCAGGUGUCCAAUGGUCCAAGUGGAACCAGCCUGCCAAACGGCCCAGUCAUCAGCACCAAUGGUGCUACAGACGACAGCAAGACGAACUUGAUCGUCAACUACCUGCCGCAGAACAUGACCCAAGAGGAGUUCAAAAGUCUGUUCGGUAGCAUCGGAGAGAUUGAGUCCUGCAAGCUAGUCAGAGACAAGAUAACAGGUCAGAGUUUGGGCUAUGGCUUUGUAAACUACGUAGACCCCAAUGAUGCAGACAAGGCCAUCAACACACUCAAUGGGCUCAAACUGCAGACCAAAACAAUCAAGGUGUCCUACGCCCGGCCCAGCUCAGCCUCCAUUCGGGAUGCCAACCUGUACGUGAGUGGCCUCCCCAAAACCAUGAGUCAAAAAGAUAUGGAACAGCUGUUCUCUCAGUACGGCCGCAUCAUCACCUCGCGCAUCCUGGUGGACCAAGUCACAGCAGGCAUAUCGCGAGGAGUGGGUUUCAUCCGGUUUGACAAGCGAAACGAGGCAGAGGAGGCCAUCAAGGGUCUGAAUGGCCAGAAGCCCCUGGGUGCCUCAGAGCCCAUCACCGUCAAAUUCGCCAACAACCCCAGCCAGAAGACAGGCCAGGCUCUCCUGACCCAGCUAUACCAGACAGCUGCUCGCCGCUACACUGGACCCCUGCACCACCAGACCCAACGCUUCAGCAUCAUCCCUCCAUUUGGAAAGGGACCCGAUCCAAAUAACAGCACAAAACCAAUACUCGACAAUUUACUAAACGCCAGCUACGGAGUCAAGAGUUCUCCCUCUCUCCUUCCCAGGUUCUCACCCAUUACCAUCGACAGCAUGACCAGCCUGGCAGGGGUCAACCUCACUGGACCUACCGGAGCCGGCUGGUGCAUCUUUGUCUACAACCUGUCCCCCGAAGCCGAUGAAAGCGUCCUGUGGCAGCUGUUCGGGCCGUUCGGCGCCGUUACAAACGUCAAGGUCAUCCGUGACUUCACCACCAACAAAUGUAAGGGCUUCGGCUUUGUCACCAUGACCAACUACGACGAGGCAGCCAUGGCCAUCGCCAGCCUCAAUGGCUACCGCCUCGGCGAUCGUGUUCUGCAAGUCUCCUUCAAGACGAGCAAGCAGCACAAGGCCUGAGAGAGGUGCAGCUCGUAUCUGCUUCUUCAGCCUGCAGGGAGAGUACCUGAGCUCUCUGUACGAUCACUCUACAUGGGCCUGGACUGAGUCUCUCUCUGACACACACACACACACACACACACACAAACACACUCUCUCUCUCUCACACACAUAC